AUGGCGAUGGAAAAAGAUUCAACCUUUGCAGACCUAAACAAUGAGGGCAUUCUCAAAACCCUAGAGCAGAUUGAGGAAAAGGCUUCAUCUUUUCUCAAUCUUUCGCCUCAGUUUAAUCACAUGGUAGAGUCGCUGAAGAAGAAGGAAGAGCGGCUUAGAGUGGUCGAAGCGAGGGAGAAGGAAGUUGCUUUGCUUGAGGAGUCUGUUUCUGAGAAAUCAAGAGUUUUAGAGGAGAAAGAGAUGGAAUUUGAUUUGAUUCAGCUCCUUGAAGCAUCUCUCUUGAGAUUGGUGGUUGAGAGACAAACUGAAGUAGCAGUGAGAAAGAAACUUGAAGAUGUUACAAGCGAGUGUGAAAGGAAGAAAGAGGAGGCUAAGUUGGUUUUUGAGUCAAUCCAUGAGAAGUUGUGUGGGUUAGAGAAGGCAGAGAAAGAUUUUGAUGUCAAACAAAGAGUGGAGAUGGAGAGGCUUAGCUCACUUGAGGAGGCUAUCAAAGUGAUAUAUGCUGAGUUGAAGAGAAAGGAGGAGAGGUUUGGGUUGAAACAGAAAGAAGAAGCUGAUAGAUGGAGAAAGGAGACUGAACUGAAGAGCAAAGAUCUUGAGAUUAGGGAGAAGAAACUGGAAGAAAUGAUGAAAGAGCUUGAAUUGAAGCAUGCAGAGACUAGAAAGAGAUCCAGCCAUGAGGUUGAGCAUGAUAAUGAUGCUGGUUCUCUUACUCCUCCAGCUAAAAAACAUAAAUCUGAGGAAGCAGAUUCGGCUUGUGCUUCAAAGGAUGGAGACAUUGGAGGCAUUGCCUGCAAAGAUCCUAAACCGUUAACUUGUCCUGAUACGAAGUUCAAUGAUGUUGGCAUGUCAAUGAGCUCUUUUGCUGUAGAUCAAGUAUGGGCUUUACAUGACCCUAGAAAUGACAUGCCAAGGAUCUAUGCUCAGAUCAGGAGCAUCUUUAGCUCUCAGUUGAGUCUGCAGGUGACAUUACUUGAACAUGUGAAAGCCACAAAGAACGAGAAAUCACUUCUUUCCAGUGCUUGUGGGAGAUUUGGGCAUGGAGAUACAGAGAUCAGAAGCCACCUGAUGUUUGCUCAUGAGAUGGACCACACCAAAUGUGACAAGAGUGUCAUAGUGAACCCAAGAAAGGGUGAAACAUGGGCUCUUUUCAAAGAUUGGGAUAUAAGCUGGAAGAGUCAAUCUGAUCUCCACGAGCCUCCUUAUAGGUACGACCUUGUGGAAGUUAUCACCGAGUUUGACGAUCAACUAGGCAUUUCAGUGGCAUAUAUGGGGAGAGUUGAAGGAUUUGAGCCGGUUUUAAACCGUGUUGAGCAGCAUGGACUCAUCAAGUUUAUCUGUCCGGGGGAAAUGCAGAGGUUUUCUCAUAAAGUUCCAGCUGGUUCUUUCAAGCUAGACCCUGCUGCUACACCGGGCAAUGAUCCGGUGCUUGAGGAGGAGGUGGAAACGAGGAUACAAAGUAAGGAAUGUGGCAAAGCUCCAACGGUUGAAACUCAAGAAUGGUCUACAAAAGAUCAGCCCAUCAUAUUAGAAUGAGGGAACCAAAUCUAGUAUAUAUAUGUA